GUGGGAUCCUUGACUUCAUACCGUGAGUACCGGUCUUCUUCCUCUUUCGUUUCUGCUCUCUGGAUCUGCUCAUCUCAGAGUCAUCGACUACUCAUCCCAGUCCCCAUCUCUCUCUACUCCACGGCCACCAUCCCACGCGCAGGCGGCGCAGCUACCAGUCCCAGCUGCCACGCGCUGCUCCUGGACGUCGUUCGCUUCGAGCAGGCCGAGGGCGCGUGGGGGCUUGGUCGACGCUCGGCCGUGCGGCGUCUCAGCAGCGGCGCGGCUCGACUGCUCGAGCAGGGCGGCGGUCCGGAUCCAACGGCUUCUUGUAGCUUCCCGCGCCUCGGCCUCGCUCCCGUUUUUUUCUUUUUUCUUUUGCGACCAACUCCAUACCGGCCGAAGGCGUGAGCGCGUGCCUUUGCCAUGGCGGAAAUCGGGGGCAUGCUCGCCGCCGCCGUCCUCAAGGCGGCGGCCGGUAAGGUGGGCGAUGCCAUCGGAAAUCGGAUCAUGCUGCAGUGGAGGUUCGGCGAGGACCUGGAGGUCAUGAGGGACACGCUGGAAUCCAUCGAGGCGGUGAUGGAGGACGCGGAGAGGCGGUCCAUCGAGGACGCGUCGGUGCGGCUGUGGCUCAAGCGCCUCACCAGAGCCUCCUACGACAUCUCCGACAUGUUUGACGAAUUGGAGGCCAAGACCACCAAGCAAUCGGCUUUGCGAAAGUUCAAAGUUUUGAACCCCUGUCUCACACUUGCUCCUAAGGUUGGCAUGGCUGUUAAGAUGAAGAAGGCUAGGGAGAAACUGAAUACUAUCUCAAACGAUCGUCACAAUUUCUGUUUCACGGCAGUGCCGCAAGUUAUCGAUGAACGUGAAACAUCGUCAAGGGUGAUAGAAGCAGAUAUCCAAGGAAGGGGUCAAGAGAUACGCAAAGUAAUUGCUCUUUUAACGGAAGCCAACACCUCAUCAGAGUUCAUUAUCCUUCCGAUAUAUGGCAUUGGAGGCAUUGGCAAGACAACGUUUGCACAGCUGCUUUUCAAUGAUACCCAUUUCAAGUACUAUAAGAAAGCAUGGGUAUAUGUCUCUCAAACAUUUGAUUUGAAAAAAAUUGACGACUCUAUAACAUCACAACUUCAAAAGGAGCAGGGCCAGCUAAUCGACACACAGGAGCCAGAUGCUGAUGUACCUGCUAGCAAGAAGAUUCUAAUUGUUCUAGAUGAUCUGUGGGAGAACGAUGACUUUAAGUUGGAAGCCUUGAAGAUUUCCCUUAAACUGAUCGGGAGUGGAGGAUGCAAGGUGUUUGUCAUUGCAACCACACGGGAUGCUGACAUUGCUCAGAAAAUUCAAACGACGGAAGCAUACAAGAUAGAGCCCCUGUCAACUGAUAUGUGCUGGACUAUAAUUAAACAGAUAGUUGGCUUUGAUGGUAGAUCUGACAAAGAAACGUUGAAGGAUACAGGAAAGGAGAUCGCAAAAAAGUGUGCAGGUGUGGCACUAGCAGCUCGAGCUCUUGGGUACAUGUUGAGAUUCAGGAAUUUCAAUGGUUGGGUUUCAGUAAAAGACAGUGGCAUCUGGAAUGUAUCUACGUCAGGAUAUACAACUUCGCCGUAUGAUAAUGUACUUGCAUCUUUGAAAUUGAGCUACAGCAGUAUGCUGCCGUACCUAAGGCUAUGCUUCGCCUAUUGUGCAAUCUUUCCAAAGGGACACAAGAUGGCUAAAGACGAUCUGAUUUACCAAUGGGUUGCUCUUGGUUUUAUUAAUCCAUCUGACGAUGUCUCCAGUUGGCAGCAUGGUGGGAACUGCAUUGAGCAACUAUUGGGAAUGUCCUUCUUUCAACAUUCAAAGUCACCUUCCUCUGAUCGGAAACACGACGAAGAUGUUACAUUGUUCACUAUGCAUGACCUGGUGCAUGACCUCGCAAGAUUGGUCAUGGGGAAUGAACUUCUUGAUGCUAGUACAAAGUGCAAUAUUGGGGGAAGCAACUGCCGCUAUGCAGUCCUUGCAGAUUGCAGCAAGCCACUGAAUUUAUUUGUGUCUUAUCCUGACAAGAUUAGAGCCCUUCGUUUUCUGGGAAGUGGCGAAAUUGGGCGUUAUGCUGCUGGAUUUUCAACUGCUAAGUACCUGCGAGUCUUAGAUUUAGGAGAAUGUUCCAUACAGAAGUUGCCAUCUUCUAUCUGUCAACUGAAGCAGUUGAGGUAUCUCAAUGCUCCAGGGAUCAAAGAUCGAAUGAUUCCCAGUUGUAUCACCAAGCUCUCAAAAUUAAUUUACCUCAACCUUCGUGGAUCUUCUGCAAUUUUAGCACUGCCAAAGUCAAUCGGAGAAAUGGAAGGUCUGACGUAUCUUGAUUUAUCAGGUUGUUCGGAGAUUAGAGAACUGCCAGAGUCAAUUGGAGAAAUGGAAGGUCUAACGUAUCUUGAUUUAUCAGGUUGUUCGAAGAUUAGUGAACUGCCAGAAUCAUUUAGGAAGCUCAAAAACUUGGUGCAUCUAGAUUUUUCGAAUUGCUCUGUUAUAUGUGUAUCAAAAUCCUUGGGGAGCCUCACUCAACUGCAAUAUUUGAACUUAUCAGACUGGAGAAACAUUAUUGUAGAGGAACCAGAAGCUUUAGGUAGCCUCACAGAACUUCGAUAUUUGAACUUAUCACGCAGCUCGUAUUUUCUACCGAGGUCAGAUUGUGAUGUUUUGGGCACCCUCACCAAUCUCGAAUAUUUGAACCUAUCAUCAGGAGAAGAAGAAAGCUUAGAUCUCAAAAGGCUCCCUGAAGCCUUGGGAAGCUUCACUGAACUGAAAUAUUUAAACUUAUCAGGCUGUGAACUUUUGGAUGAAUUGCCAGGGUCAUUUGGGAACCUUCGAAAUUUGGUUCAUCUGGAUUUAUCUGAUUGCUAUCACGUCAAUGGUAUACCAGAAGCUUUGCGUAGCCUUACCAAACUCCGAUAUUUGAAUUUAUCACGGAAAAGGAAAUAUUCAGGGUCAUCUCUCGGAGGGCUGCCGGAAGUGAUAGGAAAACUCAUUGAACUACGGUAUUUGAAUUUAUCAGGGUGUCUGGACCGUAUCUGUCCCCGUCUAGAAAUAAUUGUAGAUUUCUCAUAUCUGGUUGAUAGUUUGCUUGACAGUAUCAGUACACUUUCAAAUCUAGAGCAUCUAGAGUUGUCCAAUAAUAGUAUUCUUGGUAGUAUUCCAGGUAGUUUUUGUAGCCUCAGAAAGCUACAUACGCUGGACCUCACUGGCUGCUGUCAGCUACGCCGGCUACCAGCGAACAUAGGUGAUAUGGACAGCCUGAAGUCUAUAAUUGCAGUGGGCUGCUCGUGUCUGCAUAAGUCCGCCCUGCCAAACAAAAGGAGUUUGAUCUCGUUUCCAUACUUUGUGGUACACAAUACUGAUGGUGAGCAAAGCAGCAAUCUUGUUCUGCUUAAAGAUGUAACUUGUCCUGAGUUGGAGAUAAGUCGCCUUGAAAAUGUGAAGUCCGUAGAAGAGGCACGGAGAAUAGAACUGAGAGAAAAACAAAGUAUGGUAAAACUGACACUUGAUUGGACAAGAGAAAAGAAAGGAUCUGUGGAGGACAUGGAAUUGUUGAGAGAGCUAGUGCCACCAAGAAGUUUAAAACAAUUUAUGAUACGAGGUUAUAACAGUGUGAGCUUUCCAACAUGGCUGAUGGACAUUGCUACUUAUCUCCCUUAUCUUGUCGAAGUUAAGUUGACGGGCUUGUCCCAGUGCAGUAGCCUACCACCACUUGGUCAGUUACCAAACCUAAAGUAUCUUGAUCUCGAAGCAAUGCCCAGCAUUACAAAGAUUGAUAGCGGCUUUUGCGGCGGCGUGAAAGCCUUCGCACAAUUGGAGCGAUUGUCCAUAUCCAAUAUGGAAAGCUUGGAUGAGUGGAGUGUGACAUACUCCUAUGCUGGGAUUGUUUCGGAUGAGUUCAUGUUCCCCAACCUCUGGAACCUGACAAUACGUGGAUGCCGCAAGUUGAGGUUAAACCCAUGUCCGCCAAUAGUGAAAGGAACCUGGUGCAUAAUAGAUAGUGAUGGUGUGCUAUUGCAAUGGGGAGAUAGUUCUCCACACACUGGUUCUUCCACCUCCUCUGCUUUAGUAGCUUGCCUGAGUGUCAAAUCCUGCAUGGCGCCUAUGCAUCAGUGGAAGUUGCUUCACCACCUUCCUGCCCUCGAUGAGUUAAUUAUUGAGGAUUGCAAUGACCUGAGCAGCUCAUCAGAGAUUGUGGGAGACCUCACCUCUCUCCGAACAUUGACAAUCCGGGAGUGCCCAAAGCUGAAUAAUUUGCCGGAGAGCAUGCAACACCUCAGCUGUCUCCAGUCGCAAUGUUUGAGUGGUUGCCAGGGCAUUCAAGCACUGCCAGAACGGUUGGGUGACCUUGUGUCUCUGAAGACACUCGAAAUCAUUGAUUGCAAUGGCAUCGUGUCUUUGCCAGAAAGCAUACAACAACUCACUACUCUUGAAGAACUAAGAAUUUUUUAUUGCCCUGCAUUAGAGCAAUGGUGCAAAUUAGAGGAGAACAAGAUGAAAAUUGGUCACAUAAAAAAGAUAGAGAUUAAUGGUAUCAGGCAGAUUCCUAUGAACGUCAGGCUGCACAUGAGACUGCAAAAAUGAAGGCACUUAGGGUUCUGUUAGGAGGUCCUAAUCAUCAUCGGUACUUUGCUCCAGUUGCAUAUUGCUGUGCUGUACUUGUUUGUUUUUUUUUCCGUCAAGUGUGAAUGCUAUCUGUUUGCCUGCCUGUCGAAAUUGCUGGUCUGAAGGCGUGUCUCAGUAGUUUAGCUGCUUAAGGUUGCAUGCAUUGGUCCUCGUACGUAUCUGGUCGUUGAACAAGUGCUGUUUGCUAUUGCGAAGCUUUUGUGGUAGCUUAGUGCACUGCUACAGAAAGAGUCAUCAGUAUCGGCUCAAAAACGACAUUAGUAACAGUUUUUGAACCGAUACUGAUAGUCUAUGACUAUUAGUGUCGGCUCAUGAACUGGUAUUGAUCACUACAAUAAAUUUGCUAUUAGUGUCGGCUCA